AUGGGAAUCAUCAAUCCGAUGAAUCAAAUUCUACAAGAAUACCUAGCAACAUCGUUGUCAAAAAAAUAUGGUUUUUCUCUUGAAAAAACUGAGAUUUCGUGGAUUUGGUCAUCGACAGCGGGCAUGCUCUUUAUUGGAGCCGCAUUGGGUGCGCUUGGCUCAAGUGCGAUCAUUUCGAGAAAAGGCCCAGUGAAAGCUCUACUCUAUUCAGCUAUUUGGCUCUUGAUCUCAGCUCCUCUUUGCGGGAUCUCAUCGUUCAUCGAAAUCCCAGAGUUUUUCAUUCUUGGCCGCUUCUGUUCGGGGAUCGGGAUUGGAAUUGGAAUGACAGCACACGGCAUUUUUUUGAUCGAGAUUAGUUCAGUGAAAUUCCGUGGCAUCAUCAGCUCAUUCGGCGGUUUCUCGAUCAACAUCGGCUUCAUUUUCGCGAAUUUUCUCGGUUUACCGGUGAUUCUUGGCACGCAAACACAAUGGCCGAUCGCUUUUUUGAUCGAAGGAAUACCAAAUAUUCUUCUAAUCUUGGGAAUCAUUUCGUUUUUCCACGAGACUCCGAUUCAUUUAUUGCGUUUCGGCAAAGAUCAAGCGGCCAAGGAGAGCUUAAAAGUCUAUUCGAAAGAAUCCGAUGUUGAUCAAGAAAUCGAAAAGCUUAAAAGAGUGCUGAAAUUUCAACAGAAAACCGAUAAAUGGAGCGAGAUUCUCGUUGAUGGAGCUUCUCGCAGCGCUCUCCUCUUCUCCUGUGCUCUAAAUUGUGUUGUUGCAUUCAGUGGCAUCACCGCUGUUUCGUUCUUCGGCACUUUUCUCUUGGAAUCGAUAGGUUUCAGUUCAUCGCAAGCCGCCCUAGCCAACUUGCUGAGUGGAUUCGCCGGUACGCUUGGCGCCAUUUUCGGCAGUUUUGGACUCGAUCGGGUUGGUCGCCGAUUUCUCGUCAUCGGCUCCCUGUUAUUGUUGGCUUUUAUCAACACGUCGAUGAUGAUCCUUGUUGCUCUCUUCAACCAAACACAAAACAAACAGAUUGCUUACGGGUUUUUGUUACUUUUUGUCAUGUUUUUGUUCACAUUCAGUGCGGGUGUUGGUCCAACGGCGUGGUUUCUCGGGGCAGAGCUGUCGCCAGCAUCAUCAAGAGCGAAAAUUCAAUCGGCUUCGGUGUUCUGCCAGUACAUCUUUUGCUUCAUUUCUCCAUUGAUCUACUAUCCAUUAUCCGUUUAUUCCCCAACUCUUUCCUUUCUUUUAUUUAUCGUACCAUUGACCGUCUCGGCCGUCUAUUUCUAUCGAUAUCUUCCAGAGACAAAAGGGAAAACUUUUGAGGAGAUUUUUCGAAAUUUCUCGAAA